AUGGCCCAGCGCGCGCUCGACGGGGCGGAGUCUCAGGCAUGUGUGAAUUUCGAUUACGACGACAUCUUCAGGUGGCACCACCGGCUCUCGCUGGUGCAGAUGAGCCCCGGCGUCUGGGCGGUGGCGAGCCCGGAUGGGGAGCUGCUCUUGCGCGACCACAGCGGGCGCCUGGUCGCGGCGCUCGGCCGCGCGGCGGCUUUCCCGGUCGGGCUUCGCGGCCAGGCGUGUGCUUUCGAGGGCCACAGGAACGAGGAUAUCGAGGCGGUGGAUGUGCGCGGGCUCGCCACUGCGAUACGCGCGACCGCCCCCGCGGCCCCGCCCGGGGAGCUCGACCUGCAGGUGUCAAGCGACCUGGAGCGCCUGGUGUAUCGCGACGCGGCCGGGCUCGCGCUCGCGUCGCAUUGGGUGUCCUCCGUCUCGGAGUUGGGUGUCUCGCGGAACGCGGGC